UACCAUUGCUUGCCCUUGUAUCCCCGCCUUCUCUUUGUGGAGGAAACUUUAUUUCCUACUUCUGCACACCAAACCCCUACCUCCAGAUCUGCCUGAUUCGGUUGCUGAGAAGCCUGACACGCCCGUGUCGCUUGGGAGAAGCCAUCCACCGAACAGGGGGCUGGCGGGCAUGCACCCGGCUCCCCAGCUCACCCCCAACAUGCUGUCCACAUCUCACUCCCUGCUGACGAGAAGCGUCCUCAGCAGCCCCGAGGAAGCCACCACCGUGUACGACUACGACUACAGCGAGCCCUGUCACAAGCCCGACGUGAAGCGGAUCGCAGCCCAGCUCCUGCCCCCGCUGUACUCGCUCGUGUUCGUCUGCGGCUUCGUGGGCAACCUGCUGGUCGUCCUCAUCCUGGUCAACUGCAAGAGGCUGAAGAGCAUGACUGACAUCUACCUGCUCAACCUGGCCAUCUCCGACCUGCUCUUCCUGCUCACCCUCCCGCUGUGGGCUCACUACGCCACCGCCGAGUGGGUCUUCGGAGGUGCCAUGUGCAAGGUGUCCACGGGGAUGUAUCACUUGGGCUAUUUCGGUGGAAUCUUCUUCAUCAUCCUCCUGACCAUCGACAGGUACCUGGCUAUCGUCCACGCCGUGUUUGCUUUAAAAGCCAGGACGGUCACCUUUGGGGUGGUGACAAGUGUGAUCACCUGGGUGGCGGCCAUGUUUGCCUCGGCCCCGGGAAUCAUGUUUACCAGGUUCCAAGAAGAAGAUUCUCGUUACACCUGUGGCCCCAAUUUUCCACUCGGCUGGAAGAAUUUCCACACCAUAAUGAGGAACAUUUUGAGCCUGGUCCUGCCCCUGCUGGUCAUGGCCGUGUGCUACUCGGGGAUCCUGAAAACCCUGCUGCGGUGUCGGAAUGAGAAGAAGAGGCACAGGGCCGUGCGGCUCAUCUUCGCCAUCAUGGUGGUUUACUUCCUCUUCUGGGCGCCCUACAACAUCGUCCUCCUCCUGAACACCUUCCAGGAGUUCUUCGGCCUGAGUAACUGUGAAAGCAGCGGUCAGCUGGACCGAGCCAUGCAGGUGACGGAGACGCUGGGCAUGACGCACUGUUGCAUCAACCCUGUGGUCUACGCCUUCGUCGGGGAGAAGUUCCGGAGCUACCUCUCCGCAUUUUUCCGGAAGCACGUCGCCAAACGUCUCUGCAAACAAUGCCCGGUUUUCUACAGGGAGGCAGCAGAUCGAGUGAGUUCAACGUACACUCACUCCACUGGGGACCAGGAAAUCUCUGCUGGUCUGUAGGGAGAACAGCUAUCAGCUUGCGCUGCUCAAGGAAGGUAGCCAUCUGUACAUAGUGACAAGCCUCGAGGGCUUGUUGAAGAAUACAGACCUGUAGAUUAGGUACGCAGGAACCUCAGGGCUAUGUGCACCAAGACAGACUCGUGUCACUCCCUGUGCAUCCAGCAUGUGCUCAAAGAAUAGUCUAGAACGACUGUGGGCGGAGACACUGACUCUCCAGCAAGUUCAUCUCGGUUCCUGCAAGAUGCACCCUUGCCUAGUGUUCAUGCCCCCUUUCCAGUCUACGCCGUUUCUUCCCUCACUCUCUGAUUCUACCAAUCUUUUAUAACCACCACAAGAACAGGAGGAAAAUCAGGGUGGGGGCUCUGGGACGUGUCCUCAGGGCAGAGGCGGAGCCUGAAGACAAAGGUGACAGAGUCCCCUGCUUUGGAAAUCGCACACCCAGCCUGUGACUCUCGGUGUCUAAAUGACCAGGCAGAGUGGGGCUCAGCGAGGAAAAUUCUAGAUGAGUUGGAAAAAUUUUUUUCCAAUAACGUACCUCCCAGCACCUCACUUUUGGAUGAAAGCAUGGAACUCAGACACUCAUAAAAAGUUAAAAUUAAAGCAGGAAACUGCAACUUGCAAGGAUGGUGACGUAUUGCUUUAAGAUGUUACUGUCACAGCUGGCUGGAAAUACCGUACUAGACAGGGAGUCAGUUCCGGCUUCGAGCUUCCAAGUUCGGAGCAGUAUGUUUAAUAGACUGAUGAGUCAUCACAAAUACAAGAGUACUUCUAAGGUUCAUGGAAAAUGAAAUUGAAAGUUUAGGGGCAGGUGUUUGGAGCAGUGAUGAACAUACCUCUUAGACACCCAUUUCCCAAUCAGCGUGCCUGGGUUCAAGUCCCAGAUCUGCCUCUGACUCCAGUUUCCUGCUAAUGCAGACCUCGGGAGGCAGCAGAUGAUGGUGCAAGUGCUUUCUUACAGCCACAGAGCCAGGACUUAAUCAGCCUUUCGUGUUCGGGUGCUUUGCGAGCGUCGUUGUGCACAGAUCGAGCCCAUUCAGCCGGCGGGGAAUUCUAAAUCAAGUCAGCUCCUAGUCACUUAGGUUAAGGCCUAUUUGUAAAGAGGGAAGUUGGAGACCCUCACUCAAGAACACAAAGGCUUUGCUCUUAUUGAGGCCAGCGAAGAAGUUUCCUGCAAGCUACCCAGCGCAUUUCCGACCCAAGCAGCGAACACCCGGCUCCUGGCCGCCAGUGGCUCAGGAACUUGAAAUCAGACAAAAGGGCGGGCAGGGGGUGGGUCCACCCUCAGAUGUUUGUAUUAUCCUGAUGAACG